UUUUUUGUGAUGUUUUGUUAAUUUUUAAAAGAAAAGCAAAAAAUGAAGUAAAAAGUUGAUAUUUCACUACAUUUUCAUUUCAAGCUAUUGUACAUAAUGAUACUUUCACACAUCACAGUCAGUAUAACAAACAAUCCUGAUGUCAUUACUACCAGAAAAAAAUGCACCUUCCAAUGAAAGUUGUUAUUUUUGCUUAAGGGAUGGUUAAUUUUGAAAGAUUAGAAUUAGAAAUAUUUCGUUAGGUGCAGUGCAGUUACACGAAAAUCACUGAAGCUUCUUAACCCUAGAAUAUUACGUAUUUAAGAAGAACAUAUCCAUUACUGACAUAUAUUUUAAAAAGAAACAAACUCCUUAUCAAACAAUAUUUAUUCUUUGAGUAUUCUAGGGCUAAGAAAACGAAAAAGGCAGUUCACUGAGUUUUCCUAGUUAUAUAGAAGAAUGCAAUAAGACAAUUUGUCCUUAAAAUGGGGGACUAUGAGUUAUAUCAAGCAAUAAAAUCUUUUACAUCUUCUAAUGAAGACGAACUAGAUUUCCAAAGAGGAGAUGUAUUCGAAGUUUCUAUUCAAAGCCCAUUUGAACCUAGUCAAUGUAGAAGACCUGGAUGGUUAUUUGCCUAUAGUAGAAGAACUAAUGGAAUUGGAUAUGUACCAGUGGAAUUAGUCAAACUACUGGGUUCGGAGGUAGGAAAAACAAUUCAUCAUCCUUCAGCAUGUGGAGUAGAAAGUUCAAAUUCAAAACCUGGGUUGUCCAAACUUAUAAAACGCUUACGAAUAUCAGAAGUUGACAAAAGGCCUGACCACAGAUUUGACGACGUCUUCUUCCUGACCCCGGUUCUUUGUAGACACUGUAAAGAUUACAUAUGGGGCCAAGGACACAUAGGGGUAACAUGUAGAGAUUGUCACGCUUGCUUCCACAACUUCUGCCUGAAAUUUUGCAAACAGCAUGUGUGCCAGAAGAACACUGAGGCUCUUCCACCAGUUACCCUAGAUUAUGACAAGCCAAUUAUCGAGUGGACCUGUUCAAACGUGAUAGAAUGGAUGGCGGCCGUUAAUCUAUAUAACUAUGCUGACGUCUUCAGAUGCAAGGAUGUCAAGGGUAUAGAUUUGAUGAAUUUGGACAAAGAUAAGCUAGUUGCUAUGGGAAUAAAAGACGAUUUCCACCAAAAAGCCAUACUAACCUGUGUGGAUGAACUCAUCAGGAAGCCGGAGAUAUGCCUAACGUUAAGAAACAUCGAAAUUGAGGAAGCCGCAUCGUCCACAGGCACAAACUACACACAUACUUUGACACAACAUAGUUUUAAUACCCUUGAAAGGUGUGAUAAAUGCAACAAGUAUCUUCGAGGUCUUCUUCAUCAAGGUCUUAUUUGUCAAGACUGCGGACUCGUAGCCCAUCGGACUUGCGCAGCAUCAACUGAUCUUCCGUCUUGUACUCACCGUCCAAUGGAUCAAAGAUCCCAUUUCAUUCAGUUCAAAUCGUUUUUUGGUCAGGGCCUCUGUUCCCAGUUCAAGCUUUCUGACAGCGCAGCACCUGAUCUUCUCGUCUACUGCGCCGAUGAACUUGAGAAGCGCGCCCAAAGUAAUGAAUCUCUAGAGCUGUACAAUUUGUAUUGCGCUACUCCACCAGCAAAUCAACUGUUAGCGCUGGUUAAGAAGAUCGAAGAAAAUCCCCAUGACAUCGGUCUAUCGGAGUUCAGUCCUGUCGCAAUUGCGGGCGUUUUUAAGAAGUAUUUACGGGAAUUACCAGAUCCUUUGAUCCCGGUGCAGUGGUACGACAAGUUCCUAGAAGCAGCGAGAAAAAGAAACGAUCAGGAAUGUACGACUUUAUUGAAACAGUUGGUGGAAGAGCUACCUCCUCAUCACAAGUCCACUCUUAGAUUCAUUAUGGGUCACUUAUGCAGAAUAUGCCAACUAGAGUAUGCUAGAGGAAACAAGAGUCCUCCAACUGUAUUAAUCCAAGUGAUGUGUCACAUUUUAUUGAGACCGCCAUGGGAACGAAUUAUACAAGUUGUCUACAACACACAAGCCCACAAUCGGAUAGUCGAGUUGUUGUUGCUGUCAUGUGAUUGGGGAGAGAAGCUUCCAGAAUUUGCUGCAGCUCCAGCUGUACCUCCUAGAAAAGUAUCUCGCAUGGGGAGUAGUGUUUAUCACGGGAUGCUGGACAGGGAUAAAGAUAAACUCAAUGCUGUGCUGAGUUUGCAGGAUGCGGAGUGGUACUGGGGUGAUAUAAAGCGUGAAGAUGUGAACGAAGUGCUAAAUGAUACCGUAGAUGGAACAUUUUUGGUUCGAGAUGCAUCGAAUAAAUGUGGAGAGUACACUCUAACUCUACGGAAAGGCGGGGCAAAUAAACUGAUCAAGAUAUGCCAUCGAAAUGGGAUGUACGGUUUUACAGAACCAUAUACGUUCCCUUCAGUUGUAGACUUGAUUAAUCAUUUUAGAAAUGAUUCAUUGUCGCAGUAUAACGCUUCGUUGGAUAUAAAAUUGCUGUAUCCCGUUUCGAGGAAUAAUCAAGAAGAGGAGCUAGCCAAGACUGAAAAAAUCGAAAAGUUAGUUGAAAAGUUGGUUUAUCUCAAUAAAAGUUUAACGGAAAAGAACAGAGUGUCUGAGACAGUUUCAAAAGAUUUUAACGAUACAUCAGUAGAAGUACAAACCAAAAGGCAAGCUCUGGAUGCACUCAAAGAAUUAGUACAAGUAUUCAAGGAGCAAACGACCAUUCAAGAAAAGUUUCAGAAUGAAGCCCAGCCUCAUGAAAUUAAGAGCCUGGAAUUAAACUCCGAACUACUCAAGAAGCGAUUGAAUUUGAUGUCUGAAAGUUGUGAACAGUUAGAAGAGAUUUUAAAGCAAAAAGAGGCAUAUAGAAAAGCAUUAGAAAGAGAAUUGACUUCCUUAAAACCACAGAUUCACAAUUUGGUGCGUGAAAGAGACAAGCACACUAGGUGGCUCUUACAAAGAGGUUUCUCAAUAACCAAGAUCAAUCAGAUUUUGAAUAAAAACGCUGACGAGACCCCUGGAGAUUGUGAGGUAGAGAUAGAUACGGACUCUCUGCCACAUAACGAGGAAUGUACUUGGCUGAUGUUGAAUUGUUCCCGUGUUGAAGCUGAGCAACUGUUGUUAGACAAGUGUGAUGGUACAUUCUUAAUAAGAAAGUCAAGACAGAUGACUAAAUAUGCAUUGUCUAUAGUGUGUAAUGGAGUCAUUAACCAUUGCAUCAUCAAUGAAACUCCUCACGGACUAGGCUUCACCGAACCAUAUAAUAUUUACCCCACUAUGAAGGAUUUAGUAAUGCAUUAUGCUACAAAUUCUCUGGAAAUCCACAAUGAUCUGCUUGCGACGGUUCUGGCCAUUCCCGUUUGGGAAUCUAAAGCGAAGAAUCACAACCGGGAUAAUAGUGUCUACGUCGAUUCUCAAUGAGAAAUUUGUGAUAAUAUGAAGCUGCUGUGACUUUUUUUAUUCCCAUAUAAUAUUGUGAUGGUGAUACUUUUGAAAAAAAAAACAAUUUUAACAAAUUUUUAUUAAAUUAUGUAUUAUAUAUAUUAUAUUAUACAUAAAAUUUAUAUUUACAUGACUGGUUUAUAAACUUUUGCUUCAACACCAGGUUAAAAUGACUGUGAUAGUGUACUAAAGAUGAGUUUCACAUGUACUUACGGCUUUGGCGGUGAAUGUUAGAAAAAAAGUGAAUCUGCCAGAGCAUUAACACUACGCUUUGGUUACGAAUAUUCUAAUAACCAUUUGUGACCCUAUAACAGCUUGGCAAGAAAACCAUUUUUCGCUCUACCCAUUAUUGUACCAUGGGUAUACGAUUUUUUAAAUGUUCUAAUUUAUAUUCCAUAUAUUAUUUUUUCACGAUUAGAUUUAUAUAGAUUUGUAUUUUUUCUGUAAGAUUUUACCAAAUUCGAAUUAAAAGGAUCAGUUUCAACAUUAAUUUGACAAUUAGUUUACUAAAUUUGUAGAAGUUGUUAGAUUUUUCAUAAUAGCUUUAAAAACUGAUCUUUUUAAUUUUCCGGAGCUCUAUUUUAUACAGUUAUCUUUAUUGCCAAUCAAUUUUAUACUACAAGUAAUUUUGCUUUAAAGCCAUUUCAGCUUUUAAUACAUUUUUAUUAAAAACAACUUAAUACUUGCUAUAUUUUCAUUUACUACACCUUUUAUACACCGCUAAAAUUGCUUAAAAGUAAUUUUGUAGUUUGAAAAGUUCAUAUUACUGGCCUUAAUAUGCUUCUCAAACUAUUUUCCUGCGGCAUUUCUAUGUUAACUACUUUUUAACGAACCACAGAUUCAAUUAAACAUGCUCUAUUUGACAUUUUAAUUUCCUCCUCUGAUAUCAUUGUAGAUUUCGAUGUGGGGAAAGACUUCCGAGGAUCGAAAUUUCAUUAUUUUUAUUAAAAUUGUGGUUUAUUCCCGUUAAAUACAGUAGUUAAUUAAUGCCCAUAAAAUUAUGAAAGAAAGUUAUAAUCUGAUCAACAAAUUUAUUGAGACAAUCCUUUGUAGAAUAAAAAAAAAGGAAUUACAAAUAUAGUAAUCAUUAAAAAUGGUUUUGACGAUUCGACUUUAUUACACAGGAUGUCCCCGAAAAUAGUGCGUUCCUUAAAGGUAUAGGUAGAAGGCACUAUGUAGAGCAAAAAUGUCUUAAAAUAUGUUUUUCUAAAUGCAACUGUUUAGCUAAAAAACCAAAAUACAUUUUGGUAUGCAAAUUGAAAUCUGACAACUAUGUAUACAAAAAUCUAAACAUAGUCAAUCACAAUUCAAAAAUAGUUGCAGCAUUUUAGCCAUAAAUAUUUACAUUAAACCCUGUCUUCAUCCUAAACAAACAAAUUCUUGUCUUGUUGGAUUUUCAAACAUGGGGUGGAACAAUUAUUUUGUAGGUGUACCUGUCUGACCUACAUUUAUGGUGUCAAUAAACUAAAUCACAAACAGUUCUUGUACAGUGAUGCCGAGUUAGUUAAUUUUAUGAAAAUAAAAGUUCGCUUAUAUGGCGAACAAUGUAAUUUUUUUGGAAACGGUUAACUUUAGAAAAAAAUGUUAUAGGACUUUUUUGUUCUACAUUAUGCAUUAUAUCCGUACCUUAAACUUAAAGGAACGCACUAUUUUCGGGGACAUCCUGUAUAGUGAAUGUCCAACUUACCUUAUUAUGUUCUUCUGCUUGCAGAAAUCUUAGAACGUUUGUUUCUUUUGGCAUUCCUAAAACAUGUUUCAAUUAAUUCAUGUCUCCAUUAGUUAUUGGUUUGUCUUUCUGCGCCAUUCUCUGUUAGCCUCCUUUAUCCCACCAAAAACUUGUCUCAAUAUUUUCCUCCUUCAAACCUCAGUAACUUUUUGAUUCUUUCUGGGAACGUUUUUUCGGUUAAACAGUGCGUUUAAUGGCCCUACCGGUCUUCGGGUUUCAACAACCCUUUAACUAUUUCUCUAUCUCUGUCUUCGCCCCUCUAUUUGUAAUUGUUAUCUAUUACCUUCUCAAAUUUAUAGUCCCUCUCUCAUUUUCAUAUAUUUGUUUUUUUCUUGAUUUAUAGUCAGCCAUAUUUUCUAAUUAUUCUUCUUCAGAUUAUGUAAACAUUUUUCGGAGUUUUCUGUCAUCUGCGAAACCUCUGCACUGUUUUUUUUUUGUUCAUAAUCGUGUUCCGAUGGUAGGUUACGGAAUCAAUUAAAAAUAAGUGUAAACAAUGAACAGUAAUAUAUUUAUUUAUUUUGGGUAAACAAGCGUGCUUCGUUUAUUAUCUCGUAAGGGUUUGUUAGCGAGGGUGUGUCUGAAUCGUUCGCCUGCUGUGUCGAUACUGCCAGACCACAACACUCUUUAUGCCAUCAUACUUGCGGUUUUACACUAUGGCUAGAAAGGCAAUAAAUUACUAACAUCUGCCUUUUUAAAAGAUGAGAAACUUUCUGUAUUUUAAGAAGUUGACAUAAAGAGCGUGGCAAUCUGGCCUCGGAAUCUAUUAGUGUUUCCUUGAAAAAAACAUUAAUUUUAUACAAUCUGCUUAGGGAUACAUUUCCUUAACGGCCCUUGUUAGCAUAUGGUUUGUAUAUUAAAUGUUAUUUCGUUUUGAGAAAAGUUAUUAAAAAUUUAGCAAAAAUAGUAAUUACAGCGUAUCGCUAUAAUCGUACCGCUUAUCUGGAUCUUGGCCCCCUCUUAAUUUAUUUUUCUGGUAUUAGGUUGAAUAAAUCUGUUGUCGAGAGGGUCUCCCUGUUCUAAUAACUAUCUCAGGUACCCUAGCUAUCUCAAGAACAUCAGCUAAUCAAAGUUCCCAUUCCCCCUCUAGGUUCCUCGUCGUGAUUCUUCUCAGUCUCUUGUUUGUUUCUUCCUCUAUUAUUUUUGCUACCUCUUUAUCUUGGAGCUGCUUUACUUAGUAUUUUUUUCUGUUUUUCUUGUCUUUGUUGUUUGGGAAUUUCUUGAUUAAGUGAACUUAAGUGAUUAUUUGUGAAUAAUGUGGUCACGAUCUAUUGUGUUUUUUUUUUCAAUGAGAUCAUGGACUAUUUGGUUUCUCGUUUCUGGUUAAUAACAGAAUCUGCUAAUCUAACUUUAGUUUUAAGGUGAAUAUGGCGUUGGCACUCACUACGAAAUUUUAAGGGUGUUACCUACUUUUAUUUUCUAUUUAAUAGAGUUUAAUGAUCUAAUUUUUCAUUGUGGUUCAAAUUUUUUGCUCUCUAUAUAUUAGUUAUUGAAAUUAACUUAUAUCUUACCUUGGACUUUCUAGUAUUUGGUGUUUAAUUGCUUCAAUUACUAUAUUUUUCUUAAAUGUUAUCUAAAAUCUCAUAAUUUCUUCAAUGAGUACAUGCUCAAUCGUUCUUGUUACUUUUUUUGUAUUUCUGUAAACCACUUUGAUUGAAGCCUUUAGUUUUAACAUUGAGAAUAUUUGUACUUCCUUGAACUAUAGAAUGCAAUGGACUUUUUCAACAAUAACAGUAUAUAUGACCAAAUUGUAACUUUUUGAUUUUUAUUGAUCGUUAUACAAUAAAUUUGAAACUAUUAAAAAAGCAAGUAGUUGUUUUGCUGUUAGGUGAUUUCGCAUUUGUAAAUUUGAGCAAAAAUGUGAAGAAUUACCUACUAAUAUCAGUAUUUGUACAAUUACUACAUAAAAAUAUUUGUAGGACCAACAGUACUUUCCUAAGGCGUUUUUUUGUCGAUGCUGUAAGUGUCUAAGCUGAAGUCUAUAUAUUCUAGUGAUCUGUACUAAUAAACAAGUCAAUAUAUAGAGGAAGAUGCCAUUUACUGUUUGGUAGUGUUAGUAACUCUUGAUGGUACCUUAAUUUGAUAUAAUUUUUUAUUGGAGCUGGAUGUCCAAUGUAACAAGUCCAAACUAAAUAGCAAUCUUCGUGUUUUAUGCGGGGUUAUACACGCUGCAGAUUAUUUACCUGGUAUUUUAUUUGCUUACUUGUUUAUAAAAAAGCAUUCUAGAUGAAAGAGUUUAUAUUUACGCAAUGGCAUAAUAAUGUCAUUUCAUUUAUCAAAAAUAUGUAUUAUAAAUUAUUAAGAUUUCAAGACUUUACAUUAUAAAAUUUUACCAGAAAAUAAUCAAAAAAGUAAUGCUCAGUUAGGAAGAAUCAACGCCGCGCAUAUUUAGUGCGCAUUUCUUGACAGAUGACGCGUCGAUACCUACGAAGAUCAGUUCUGCGCAGGUUCUUCCUAACUUGCGCCUACUGUGAUUAUUGUUAUCUAAUAUUUUUACAAUUCAAUUGUAGACACAUUAAUAAUUUGUUGCUUCCUUUAUUGCAAUAUACAAGAAACACAUUUUUUACCAGAUUAAGUGCCACGUACACCCAAUUGGGUGAACACGAGUACCCCUCGCUGGUGCCGAGACAAUAUCUGGUAAACUGCUCAGGAGUGCCAGAGCUAUAUUUUCUUUAUGUAUUGUCAUAGGACAAUUUUACAAAUACUCUUCAGUUUUUCGUGGGAAAGCCAAGUUAAUAGACAUUAAAUCUUGUCAACCCAACAUAUUAUUUAUUUAUUUGACACCCAAGAACAUUUUCAUUCCUUGGGUAUUUGUAGUUUUUCUAUCCUUUAUACCUACUACUUUUUACAGUAUUAUUUUGUAAAAACAUUUAAGCAUUUUUGUUGUGUCUCGUACCAUCAGUUCAAUUCCAUCCCCAGAUAUAAAUAAUUGAACAUAAGUCAAUGCUACUUUCGUUCUGUUGAUUGAAAUGUUUAAGUUCCCUUCACUGUUUUUUCCUAACAUUACCAAUAAAAUCUUCACUUUCCUAAAAAUCAAUGCCACUUUGGUUAUUAUCAUUUAUCUCUUCAACAUUUUCGUCAUUUUUCACUUUAUGGGAGUAAUAUUAGUUAGAAUCACUGGCUAGAAACUCACUCACUGAUUCUUGAAACCCACCCAUAAGGGUGUACACUCUGCUUUAAUUACCGCUUCUUGGUAAAGCAGAUUUCUUUUAUUACAUUUUAUUUUUACCUACACAUAUCAAAACGUAAUACAGGAUGUUUGGUAAAGAAUGGGCCAUAGCUUAACCUUAGAUUCCUGAGCUUAAAAUAGGUAGAUUUAAGCUAACUUACCUUAGUACAAAAGUUGAUAAUAACCUAAAUACAGGGUGUCAAAGUUAAACUUUUAUUUUAUUUGUUUUUGAAUAUUUCCUGACAGGCAUGGGACAACAACACAAAAUUUGGUAAGUGGUGCUGGUAUUGUAUAAUCUACUAAAUUAUGUUAAACAAACGUUUCUGACUACUACCAGAGGCGUACGACGGGGGAACAUGAAUGGUUGACCCUUCCCAAAUUCUACGCCACUGGGGGAAUUGCUAUUUUAGUGCAAUUUUUUGAUUCUCCAAUACUUUAUGUAAAAAACAUACUCUUCAUUCGUAACGAUAAAGCCAUUAGUUUUCGAGAUAUUUGAAGCUAAAAACGAAGGAGCAUAAUACAUUAAUCAAAAUAAGUGUGCCUUUUCAUUUUUAACUUCAAAUAUCUCGAAAACUCAUGACUUUAUCGUUACGAAUGAAGAGUAUAUUAUUUGCAUAGAAAGUAUUGGAGAAUCUAAAAUUCAUGCUAAAAUAGCAGUUUCAUCAGUGGCGUAGAAUGUGGCAAGGGUCAUCCAUUCACUUUUCCCUGUCGAACGCCUCUGGUAUUAACCACAAACGAUUAUUUAACAUAAUUUAGUAGGGUGUACAGUACCUAGACUUUCUGCCAAGUACCAUAAGGAUAUGUCAAAUAGUUUUAUAGUAUCGGGCACACAUAGCUCUUAAAUUUUUAUAUAAAGAAUAAAUUAUUUAAAAAAAAGAAUACUUUAAAAUAAUUUGACAUAUCCGUGUGAUACUUGGCAGAAAGUCUAAGAACUGUACACCCUACUAAAUUAUGUUGAAUAAUCGUUUCUGGUUACUACCAGAGGCGUGCGACAGGGGAAAGUAAAUGAUUGACCCUUUCCAAAUUCUACGCCACUGAUGAAACUGCUACUUUAGCAUAAUUUUUAGAUUUUCAAAUACUUUCUAUGCAAAAUAAUAUACUGUUCAUUCGUAACGAUAAAGUGAGUUUUCGAGAUAUUUGAAGUUAAAAAUGAAAAGGCACACUUAUUUUGAUUAAUGUAUUAUACUUCUUCGUUUUUAGUUUCAAAUAUCUCGAAAACUAAUGCCUUUAUCGUUACGAAUGAAGAGUAUGUUUUUUACAUAGAAAGUAUUGGAGAAUAAAAAAAUUGCACUAAAAUAUAAAUUCCGCCAGUGGCGUAGAAUUUGGGAAGGGUCAACCAUUCACGUUCCCCCGUCGUACGUCUCUGGUAGUAGCCAGAAACGUUUGCUUAACAUAAUUUAGUAGAUUGUACAAUACCAGCACCACUUACCAAAUUUCGUGUUGUUGUACCAUGCCUGUAUGGAAAUAUUCAAAAAUAAAUAAAAUAAAAGUUUAACUUUUAUUACACCCUGUAUUUCGGUUAUUAUCAACUUUUGUACUAAGGUAAGUUAGCUUAAAUCGACCUAUUUUAAGCUCAGGAAUCUGAGGUUAAGCUAUGGCCCAUUCUUUACCAAACACCCUGUAUAGGGACCUGUAAUAUUAUUUCUGGUCAUAUUUUUCGAUUUCAACCACAGAUUGAUGUCUUCUUAUUCAUUUAAUUAAUACUUGUACACCCGAUUGGGUGGACACAAGCAAAAAUUUGAGUUUUGUUCUCGUUCUCCACCCAUUUGGGUAGCUGCAUACAAUAUUUUGAAUUUAUGGAAAAAAACUCCUGGCGCUUAACCUGUUAAAACGCUGAGAACCAUUUACAGAUCUGUACAUUUUUUAAUUUUCUGGUAAAGUUAAAGGUUCUAUAAAAAAUUUACUGAGCCAGAAUUGUCUUAAUUGUGCCAUAUUUUAUGUAUAUCAUCAAUUCAGAUUUUUUGAUUUAUUAUAUACAUACAAAUUGAGUGCUGUUACAAUAUUAAAUAUACCGUGUGAUGUGGAAUAUACCUGGGUUAUACAAAAUAUAUUUUAAAAUCAUGUAUAGAGAUGAGUGCAAUUUAUAGAUGUUUAUUAAAAUCAUAUGAAUAAUUUUUUAAUAAAAUAAUAUUAACGUUGCAAACUGAUUUAAGUGAUAAAGAAUCGUGUACAUUUAUAUGGCGUGACCUUUCAAGCUUCUUAUUCUAAUUGACGCAUUUCAAUGAAAUGUUUUGUAGUUUCUGUAAUCGCAUUAAACAGUAAACAUCAUAGUAGAGGAUCUGAUAUAAAGUCGAACUGCACUGAUCUGUUUAAUGAAUAAAAAUUAUUUGAUAUGUAAUUUAGUAUGUUAAACAUAAAACCGAUCUAAUUUUGUUUUGACUAUAAUUAAUUUAUAAUUAUUAAAAAAUGACUGUUUUCAUAAAUUAAAAAAAAUCGACCGGGGCAGAUAUUUCAUAUUUUUUGGAUCAUUCUAAACAAAAAAGGUCUGUUGUAAUGUUUCCUCUUAAGUUGAUCUUUUUUGGAGUUAUAAACAAUUUAAAACUGAAAAAAGAACGAAAGAUGACGAUGUUCAAGGUUCAAAAAUAUAAGUAAAAAAUAUUUUUGAAAUUACGAAGUACCUAAAUUCAAGUUCAAACCAUAUUCUAUCACCCCCCAUAUGAAUUUUUGCCACGUUUUAUUCUAAAAUAUUUUGUUAAUUAUUAAUGAGGAAGGUUCCUUAUGGGAAGACUGGCAUUAACGACUAAAAAAACAAUUUGUGAAAGAUAACGUAAUUCGCACUGAUCAAUUCUUUUGCUAAAUUCUCUUCUUUAAUGUUCAACUGUUUUUCAAUUUCCGUCAGUUGAACAUUUAGGUUGAACAGCCGAUUUGUGUGCGAUUCUUGUUUUUCUUGAAUAUCUUCCGAUUGUUCAUGUCCUCCUACCGCGAAAUCUUUCAUAUUGUUUUCAAUCUGGUGGGAUGUAGAGUAAUAUUUUUUUAUGUUUUUUAUGUGCUAUUAGAUUGAAAACUUGGUCUUAAAAACAGUGUUUUAAAAUGACAUAAAUCCAAAAUACUCAUCACUAACUGAAAUAAUGUUUAAACUUGAAUUUAAGCACUUCGUAAUUUCAAAAAUGAUAUGUUUUACUUAUGUUUUUGAGCCUUGGUAAUCGUUAAUUUUUGUUCUUUUUUCAGUUUUAAAUUGUUUAUAACUCGAAAACGAUCAACUUGGAGAACAAUGACAAAAGACCAUUUUUGUUUCGAAUGAUCCAAAAAAUUAAAAUAUCUACCCGGGCCGAAAUUUGUUUUAAAAUCUAUAAAAAAUUAAUUUUUGAAUUAUUAUUUGAUUAUAGUCAGAACAAAAUUAUAUCGGGCUCCCCUUGUUUUUUUUAUAAUUGCUAACAUAGUAAACUACAUAUCAAAUCAUUUUUAUCCAUUAAACAGAUCGGUGCAGUUCGACCUUACAUAAUAUAUCGUUUCUUAUUGAGAAAUUCACACCGAGAAUGCAGUACAGCUAACAUAUGGCAAUACAUUUCUAAUGGGGAAUAAACGCACAGGGUUGUCGGUCUUCACCAGUUGUCGAUUGCUCUCUCAAGAGCGUCGCACAGGAACUGUGGCAACACUGAAUGCACAUUCCUAUCUUAACCGUACUGCAAUCCCAGUGUGAAUUUCACGUUACUAUCAGUUUUUGUUCCAUAUGAACUAAAUGUAAUAGAUGUAUUAAAGUAAGUCUAUGUCCAGUUGAUAAUUGAAAGGUUACAAAGUCUGCCAGUCUGUUUUUUAAUAAUGUAUGAUUCUUUAUUUGAUAUUCAAACUAAAAUACCCCAUCUCUAGAAUGUUUUUUACAGUUUUGUAAUGCCUUUAUAAUAAUCGAUGUAUAAUGUAUUGGAAUUUUAAAGAGCAAUUUGAUGUAUUUGAUGAUUCAACAGUUCUUAAUUUCUUUUUCACGAUUUCACAAGAUUCUUUUUCUCAUCUUUGUCAACUGGAGCAUUUAUUCUGAUGUUUUAAUCAGCAUUUUUCGGGCUUAACUUUCAAAAAAUGCUAAUGAAUGUGGGAUAUUUUUCUUUUAUAAAGAAUUAUAAUUCGUUAGUUUUCACUCGGUAGUAAGUUAUUUUUCAUUUUAUAAAAAUAUUUACUAUUUUCUAUCACCACUAUAUUUACUAUGUUUACACUUCUAUGUUUUGAUAUUUUGGUUCCAAAAGUUAUGUCGUUUAAAAAUAUUCUUAAGAUCUUUUUGACAACUCUCAGAAAGUAUAUUCUAGACGAUGGUAGAAGAAACUUCAAAUUGUGGUAGGUUGCUUCAGAUAAUUAUGGAAAUGAUAGUUUUCUGAAAUUUCACUCGUUCAGUGUUAACUCUUCCAUCUUUUUGUAAAAUUCAAUGUUAAACUGUACUGACAAUGACCCUGUAUAGAAGCUUAUAAACAUUUUUUAUGAUUUAUGUCAUAUCGUCCUAUUAGAAGUAAAACUCACUAACUACACUUUGUACUUGAUGAGUUUUUUCUUGAACACAAUAAUAAUUAUUGGAUAUUGAGAAGUUAAUGAAUUUGUCUCCAUAAAAUCUCGCUGACUUACAACAAACGGAUUAUCAAAAAUAACAGUCUAUUAUUUAAAAAAUGAACAAUAAGUUUCGUUCUUCGAAAAUAAAUGCAAUUCUUUCGGCAUUUAUGACAGCCACAAAAGUCGCCUGCUUAAUUGCAAAAUAGAUUAUGUUAUCCUUUAUGUAAGCUAGCGUGGUUACAAAGAAAUUGAAUCUCGUAUUUCUUUUAUCAAUCGCCGAACAGAUAAUGCACACAAAUAUAAUGUACAGUUUGUACAGUUUCAACAAUACAGUGUAACACACAAGUCGCCUGCUUAAUCGCAAAAUAGAUUAUGUUAUCUAAUGUAUUUUUUGAAAGAUCACUAAGUACCGAUCGGCAUUCCAGAUUGUAAGGAAAAAUUCACUAAGUGCAAUAAUAAGUUUUAAUGAAUUUUACCCUGAAACCGAAAUUCACAAUAUUGCACUCCAUGUUGGAAGGAAAAAUUCACUAAGUGCAAUAAUACGUUUUAAUGAGUUUUUCCCUGAAACCGAAAUUCACAAUAAUGCACUUAGUGAAUUGUACCAUAAAUUAUCUCGGCAAUUAGACGGGUUAGAGACCCAGGUGACUUCUCCAGAGCUGGGCAGUGCCGUAUUGAGUUCAAAUUGAUGAAAAUGUCAAAAUCUCAAAAAAGUGCACUUAGUGAGUUUUACCUCUAAUAGGACGAUAUAGGUCUCAUAUAAGCUUAUGUCCAUUCAGUUAUUGUUUGAAUAUGGACUAUUUGGCCACACGGGCGAUUUUUUACGGCCGCCGUAAGAUCCGUAAAAAUCAGCGCGAAAAUGGGUCCCACGGUGAGAAUAGUAGAUGGCCAGACUGUUGUUGCGCGAUAUUUUACAGCUCAGUCUGGCCAUCUACUAUUCUCACUACUAUAAUAUACUAACAAGCGUUACAUUUUUAAUGUUAUUAUCAACAAAAAUCUACAUCUUAUAACUUUUUGAUCUGUUAACACUUUUGAACAAAGAAAACUUUUUUGAUCUGAUCACAUCUUUGGAGUUUACUUAAACCAUUGAAGAAUAUAAUUCGGAGUUGAAACGUUUAUAUCUGAAAUAAUAAAGUACUGUUUGUAUGAGAAAUGUAUGGUAUGUAUCUUGCAUGUUUAUUUGUAUGUAUGAAUUGAUUUUUUAUUAGAGGUUUCAUUAUAUAGUAUUUUUUAAAUUUGUAAUAAACUGUUCUUAUACUGUUGAAUGUCAUCUCAAAUAAAAGGUAAAAUAUA